UGAGCCUUAACUGAGAGCUUUUGCCUUAGCUGAGCAACUGCAAUGCUUUCUGAACAGAAGUGACGAUUUUGUAAGAGGGAAGUAGAAGAGUAACAUGGACACGUUCCGUGUUCUCAACGCUUUGGUCAUGGCAGCGCUAAUCGUCAUCAUGAUAGCUGUUGUGUAUUGUAUUAGGUACUUCAGCAAAAAGCUAGAAAACGAGAAGACCUUGACAGCAGAUCUACGAGCUCAUGCUUCGGUACAACUCUAGGGAAUGCAGUCAGGAGAUCAAGACGAACAAUUUUUGAUGUACAACACGUGAUGACAUAACUUCGGAGGUUUGAAGAAACUCGAUCUGGAGCAAUCAAGAUGCGGUUGCCGGAGGAGGCUGGAUUUCCGUUGAAGGCAUAGACCUGUCAUGCUGCUCGGGAAUUAUUAAGUCUAUCCUAAUUUCUGACAUUCGACUGUCAGCUCGUGCUUCCCUUCUAUGAACUAGAAUGACUUUAUACUCUACGAGGCACAAUACAAUCAGCGCUGCCAACGAUCCGAGCUCGACCAUCACAGCUAUAGGGAAGAGAGCCGACAAUAGUACGAUACUCAUGUUGGUAGACUGGAAAUUGUUCGUCCCGAUUAAGAUUGAACGCCUGUGUCGUGUACUUCGUAUCCUGUUGUUCACGCAUCAUCUCUCAACUUUCUUGGAGAUGUCCCACUUCAUGAGCCCAGGCCACUGCAUCUCAUGUAGGUUUCGGUAGCUGAGCGGAAAUGGGUCAACAACUUUUCCUGCUAGCCUUGAACGCACCGAGCGACAGCCGAGCUUAGAAUCUCGACUACAAUUAUACCCAUUUGCGUUCAGUACUUGCUCUGGAUGAGAUGAAUUUUCUCAUCUCAUCUAGAUCUUGCCCUGAUCUGAUUCACCUCGAAAACUCGAGUUAUGUACCGAUCUCGAGGACGUUCAGAUCAGAUUGGGAUUGUAUAUGUAUUUUUAAAACCAGUCGCUGUUGACAAGCGAGACGGAAACAUUCUUGAAGUUUAAGGAAACGGUCUCAUAGUAUAGUCCGUUCUCAGCGUAAGUUACUCAGCCAUGAGAGCCUGAUCAUAAUAAUUUAAAUGCUUGGUCGGUACCUUACAGCGUCGCUAGAAUUCGACGGUAAUAUUGAACGAUUUUGAAACUGAAGAAUACGAAAAAAAAAAUCUGAUCAGAAAGUUUCCGUUGUCAACAACUUGUCUGCUAGAAGAGUUCUUGCACAUCAUGACGAUGCCGAGGAGUUUGAACAAGAAGUCAAGUUGAACAUCUGUUUCUGAGCACUGUUUCGGCGAUGAGAACAUAUUGAGUGGGCCAGACUACAGCGUCCAGGGUAGUAGUACUUUACAUCAUAAACCACAACAAAGUCAAUCAGAUUCUCAGAUGCAUAUUCUAAACAGCAGUGACGUGUGCU